AACCAUGGCCAUAAUGGAGGUGUCAUCGUCCUUCUAUCCAUCUGUUGCCUUCUUUCUAUCAUUCUUCCUCUCUCGUUCGGAGAGACAUAUAUGACGUACCAGAUAAACAGGCGUUACGUUCAUUGAAUCCAUCUCUCUGAAUUAGCGCCCAGCCAGCAGCCAUGGACAGCCCUAGGAAGAUGCGAAUUCUUUCUUAUGUUAUGACCAAAAUUCCCAGCUUCAAACGCCGGCAAUUACAGGAGCUGGAGAAUGAGAAACUAUCCCGGGCGUCUACCUUACCGGAAACAUAUUCCGAACUCUCCGAACGUGAAACCCUUUCAGAACUCGCCGAACGUGUCUCUCGGCUGACGGACGAUGACAUCCUUGCUACCAUCCGUGGGGUUGUCGUUGAAGUCACUCAGAUUCGAUCCGUCCUCAAAACCCUUGGCGAGCGUCCUGACCCUGAGGCCGUGGAAAUCGCCAGGACAAGGCUCGCUGAUAUGGAAUCAUAUUUCGCCGAACAAUUUGACGAGAUCGCGUUGUCCGAAAGCGAUGUGGAGGAGGUCAGAAGAAGGAUGAAGGUGGCAGAAAGGGAGAAGCAGAUGUUCAGGGCCCUGAUCUCGUUGGAUGAGAUGUUUGAUACGUAUAGCAAUUUGUUGAUUGUGGCGGAGAGGAGGCUUCAGAAGCUUUACGAUACGGCUAGGGCGGCAGGAAAAUUAACGGCGAUUGAUAAGAGGAUUUCCUCUAUGCUUCCAAGUAUUGCCGAGGAGGUGAAGGAGGAGAUGGCUGACAUUCUUCAGGAUGCUUUGGUUAAUGGCGUCGAAAGGAUUGAUUUAUCCGAUCGGCGCUUGCCAUUCGUCCCUGAAGCCUUCGGGAAGCUUCGUACAUUGGUUUCUCUUGAUCUAUCCUGCAAUAAGCUUAUGGCCAUUCCAGAUUCAGUUGCUGGACUUGAGAAUCUUGAGGAGCUUAAUGUUUCUCAUAAUCUGUUUGAAUCACUACCAGAUGCCAUCGGAUCGCUCAAGAAUUUGAAGAUUCUAAACGUGUCUAGCAACAAGCUCACGGCCUUGCCCGAAGGCAUUUGCAAAUGCAGGUCCUUGGUAGAACUUGAUGCCAGUUUCAAUAAGAUUUCAUAUCUCCCCAGCAAAAUAGGGUAUGAACUGGUGCAUCUAGAGAAGCUUUUGAUGCCUUUGAACAAAUUGCGCACCCUUCCUCCCUCCAUUGGAGAAAUGGUAUCUCUUCAGAUCCUUGAUUUGCACUUCAACGAGCUCAGAGGCCUGCCACCCACCAUUGGGAAGCUAACAAAACUCAAGAUUCUUAACGUGGGCAGUAACUUUAACGAUCUUACAGCACUCCCGGAUUCCAUUGGAGAUUUGAUCAGCCUUAGGGAAUUGGAUAUCUGCAACAAUCAGAUCCGCGAACUGCCAAUCACAUUCGGGCGCCUUAGAUCUCUGAAAAAACUGGUUGUGGAUCAAAACCCAUUGGUGAUUCCUCCAAAAGAAGUGAUGGAUGAAGGUGUUGAAGCUGUGAAAGUGUAUAUGAGCAAGAUGUUGUAUGAUUAUAUCGUGGAGGAAGAGAAACGAAUGAUGUGGGAACGGGAAGAGCAGGCGCAGGAUGGUUGGUUUAUGACGUGGUUUUUCGGGCCUCCGGAUGCAACCUAUCCUUACCUCAAUCAUCGACUAUGAUCAUGUUAUCCAACGAUGGUAGUCAUAUUCGUCAUUCUACCUUAAAAUUAUCAUUUUUAUUAUCAUCAUCAUCAUCAUUAUUAUUAUUAUUUGUGUGUUUUAAAUCCUAAUCCUCAGUUUGUAAGUGUUUUCCAAGCCAAAACCAACCCCUAAAACAUGUGUGUAAAGUUUUGCAGGCAGGAUAUGCACCAUGUUACCGGGAAAAGGAGGCCUCCAUUUUCAUAUGUAACAUGCUGAAUUUUAUUCCAUGUAAUUUAGGACCAUAUGAUAAAAUUUAAUAAA